AUGAAAUCUGGGCAGCUGGAGUGUGACCGAUGUGCCCCCCUGAAGCUGCCGAAGCAGAACGCCAAGAGCUGCAUAUACCCAGAGAAAUUCAUCCUCAAGAAUAUUGGCGAACGCGCUAAAAAGCCUGCUACCGAAACUGCAGAAAAGAAAGACGUGUUCAUUAGACUGCCUUUUGAUGAGCGAUGCCACAAGCGAACUGAUAAAAUGACGUCUGAAGACAGCGAUCACAAGCGCUUUUCCCGCGGCGAACUUGCGCAUGUUCUUCACGGACUCCUCCACCUACGUUGA